CAGAGAAAAGUCCAGGCUACAAAGGAGGAUCCUUCUAAGGCAUCGCAUGAGGAGGCUCAGAAGCAAAACAUGAAUAAAUAAGAUUUCUAAAACUUUGAUUAUGCAAGUCGGUAGUAAGAUCCUCUCAUUCGUUAUCAAUGUGCUCACAGCUAGGAUUGUCAAUAAGGAUUUAUACGGAUAUGCUAAUGUAACACUCCAGUUUUACUAUGCCUUCAUUCUGUUCUUCCUCAAGGAAUGUGUCAGAAAAUGUCUUCAGAAAGAAGUUGAUAUGGAAAAGUACACUUCAAAGCAAAGAGUUCGAGGGGCUUUGAACAUAGUUACCACUUGCUUUGGAAUUAACGUCAUACUGGCAUUUGCUACCUUUUGGUUAACCUACACUUGGUAUAAAAUCCCAGGGCUUGAUAAUACAGAAUUCAUUCUAAGCGUGUUCCUUUAUCUUUUUGCAUCAAUUUUUGAAACUCUCUGUGAGCCAAGCGUCACCAUAAUGCUAGAUAAGCUAGAGGUAGACUCAAAAGUAUUUGUAGAAGGGACCUCCUUGUUUCUGAGAGGAGUCAUUCUGUACCUUCUUCUGUUCCUAAAUCUUGGACUGGUGGCAUUUGGGCUUGCACAUAUGAUCUACACAUUGAUCAUGCUUGCUCUAUAUCUUUAUAAAGUAUCUUCUCUGAAGCUCAACAAAGAGAGCUACAAUCUCUAUACAAUUGAAAAAGUAAAACUGGAGAAAGAGUCAGUCCUGUAUUUAGACACCCACAAAUCUCAGCUCUCACAGAUGUCUCUGAUAGGAUUCUUCAGAUUUAUCCUUUCAGAAGGGGAGAAUUUGGUCCUCAAUAUGACAAGCAACCUUACAAUGGAACAGCAAGGAGAGUAUUCCUUGAUUGCUAAUCUGUGUUCGAUCAUCUGAAGGUUCUUAUUUAAGCCAAUCGAAGAACUGGCUUAUAAUAUCUUUGGAAAAGAAUCUCUGAAAGACACACAUAUUGAAUACAUGUCCAUGCUCCUGAGACAUUUGUUCUUCCUCGGAAUUGCGAUUGUGUCGUUCACACAAAACUUCGCGUUCUCAGGACUCUUUGUGCUUUACAAAGAACAGUGGACUAAUGAUUCAACUGUCUCUAUUCUCCAAGCAUAUGGAAUUUAUAUUCUCUGAAUGGCGAUCAAUGGAGUCACCGAGGCCUUUGUAAUGGCCAAGAGUAACAAAGCUCAGUUACAGAAACUCCAAAUAACUAUGACGGUUAGUAGCUGCCUUUUCAUCCUUGCAAUGUUCUUAUUCAUCCAAGCGGGGCCUACAGGAGUUGUCUAUGCUAAUAUUUGAAAUAUGAUUUGAAGAAUUAUCACAAAUAUUGUACUGAUCAAGAGCAUUUGCACAACCCAGGAAGACUUCAACUCAUUGCUAAAGAGUUCGAUUCCUAACCCGAAAGUCAUACUGGUGUUUAUAGUCACCUUCGUAAUUUGUUACUGGAGUAGGAUGAAGUACGAAGGAGUAAACAAUUUCAUGCAUCUAGCCAUUGGAGCUCUUAAUGCUGGACUCUGUUUGCUCGCUCACAUCCUGUGUGAAUUUGAUUGGCGGAAAUAUCUUAAGAGUUAAAGAUCAAUCUUAUA